GAGUUACAAAGUUUAAAUUAUAAUCUUAUCAGUAUAAUUUUGCAAACGUAUUAAUAAAAUUAUUUAUUAAUAAUUCAGUAAUUAAUGCGUGACAUAAGUGCUUAUAAGUAUUUAUAAAUUUUCUAGAAAUAAAAAAUAUAUAAAUAAAAUAAUAAUCUUGGAAAUACUUUCUAUAAUAAGAGUGUGCUAUAUUACUCGUGUUAACUUGGAACAAGAAAUAAAAUAAAUUUGGAGACUUUUAAAUUACCAACAAUGAUUAUCACUUUAUUUACAUUGGGUGCUAUUUUUUUGGUAUUACUAUAUUAUUCUUUUCAAUAUGGAAAAUAUGUAAAACUAAUUAAUAAAAUACCAAGUCUACCGACACUCCCAUUGCUCGGCCAUACUUUAGCUUUAAUGGGUUCACAAGAGGAUAUUUGGAAGGUUCAGCGUGUAUCUUGUAAACUUCAUUAUCCAAUUUAUAAAUUAUGGUGCGGUCCAAUUGCUUUUGUCAGCGUUCACCAUCCAGAUGACGUAGAGAAAAUAUUAAGCAACACAAAGGAGCAUCUUUUAAAAGGCUACCAUUAUGAUAUUUUCAAACCUUGGUUAGGGACUGGAUUACUAAUUAGCGAAGGGGUCAAAUGGCACAAAAGGCGAAAGAUGCUAACACCUACAUUUCAUUUUAAAAUAUUAAAACAGUUUGUUGAAGUUCUGAUCGAAGAAGGAAAUUAUAUGACAAAAUGUUUGAAAGAUAUGGAUGGAUUAGUUGAUGACUUAAUGUUUCUUGUCAGUAAACAUACAUUAAAUUCAAUAUGUGAAACCGCUAUGGGCACUUCUUUGCAUGAAAUGGGUGAAUUCCAGCACCAAUAUUGUGAAGCAGUCCACGAAGUAGGAAAAAUUAUAAUUUACAGAGCAAUGAGACCCUGGUUAUUUCCCAACAUGAUAUUUUCAUUAACGUCAAUGGGUAAAAAGUUUAAUGAAAAUCUGAAAAUAUUGCACGGUUUCACUGACAAAAUUAUUGAAGAAAGAAAACAAUAUCAUAACGAUACUAAUGGACGAUUCUUGACUCAUCUUAGUAAUGAUACUGGUAUGCUAGACGAUGAAGAAAUGACAGGAAUUAAGAAGAAGCGACUCGCUAUGUUGGAUCUUUUGAUAGCGGAGGCUCGUAAUAACCAGAUAGAUGAUUUGGGCAUCAGAGAAGAAGUCGAUACAUUCAUGUUCGAAGGGCACGAUACCGUAGCAAUGGGUUUGACUUUUGCAAUAUUAGUGCUAGCUGAACACAAAGAUGUCCAGGAAUGUGCUAGAAAUGAAAUUAGUGCACUUAUGGAAGCAAAUGGAGGAAAACUUACUAUGUCAAUGUUAAAUGAUAUGCCAUACUUGGAAAGAUGUUUGAAAGAAUCAUUGAGAUUGUAUCCUAGCGUUCCCUUAAUUUCACGAGUUCUAACAAAAGAUGAACAAAUACAAUCAUAUUUGGUGCCUUCUGGAACAAUACUGCAUUUAAAUAUCAUUGAUAUUCAUCGAGAUUCAAAUUUCUGGCCAAAUCCAGAUGUAUUCGAUCCAGAUAGAUUCUUGCCUGACAAAAUUCAAAAACGUCAUCCUUAUUCUUACUUACCAUUUAGCGCAGGACCACGAAAUUGUAUAGGACAACGAUUUGCCAUGUUGGAAAUGAAAGCUAUAAUGGCGUCAUUGAUAUACAAUUUUUAUCUGGAGCCUGUCGAUUAUUUGAAGGAUCUUCGGUUUAUGACAGACAUGAUAACUCGGGUUACAGGGCCGAUCCGUACACGAUUUGUCCCAAUCGAUCGUACGUCACCUGGUUCAACUAAAAGCUCACUCAUAUAAUUUAAUUUAAUAAUAAGAUAAAUUUAUUGUUGGCCGAGCAAUGUUUUCUCCGCUAUAAUUUCUUUCUAAAUAAAAUUCAAGUGAUACUA